GACUUGCCACGACAAAAUAGUGGCCAAAAGUCGUGCAAGUGUCAGCCUGGCUUAAGCUUAAGCUUAACCUUGUUGAUUUCAGAUGGAGAAACACCGAUUGUUGCCAGAGGAGGUGGUAAGAAAAGACCUUUACCAGACGAAGAAGGACAUUCUGGAGACUUUGGAUCAGAAAUGCAAAAAAUGUUGGAAUGCUUUGGAGCUGAUAUCAGCAAGACACUAAUUUCUAAGAGAAAACGAUUGGAGCAAUUAACACAUAACACUCUGAGAAGCAGUAAUAAAAAAGUUGAAGAUAUAUGGAAAGCUCAACAAACCGAAAGAGUAAAGUUACAAGAGGAAUAUUAUAAACAAAUUGGGACCGUGUUUUCACAGUGGGAAGUGGAUAUUGAUAAAACAAGAGACCAAGAAGAAAAACUAACGGUUUUAUUUAAACAACAACAAAAGUUAUUUCAACAAGCACGAAUUGUACAGGGACAGAGAUUGAAGACAAUUAGACAGCUACAGGAACAAUUUUCUAAGGGAAUGGAUGAAUUAGACAAAUGCCACCUUACUCAACAAUCCUCCGUUCAGUCGGAACUCAAGAAAGAAAUGGGUCUUCUUCAAAAGAAAAUUCUCAUGGAUACUCAACAACAAGAAAUGGCUAAUGUAAGAAAGUCUCUUCAGACUAUGCUUUUCUAAACUGAAAAGCAUUACAAGGAAUGCCAAUAGAAGGAAAAAACAUCACAAUCUCGAGUACCUAUAUAUACGACAUUUUUGUCAGUUGUAUUAUAAGAGGAACCGUACGUCACGCCAGCGUUUAUUAGAGGCAUGAUACGUUGUAUAACAAAAUCUUUCAACUGUUCGAACAAACUGGAGGCAUGACAUAUUUUAUCUUCUCCAAUAUCCGUAACCCGACACAUCUUAUGGAAGAGCUAGUGUAUAAAACUAGAAGCCAAAUGGGUUUGUUGAUGUGUUUUCUUUACACAUGUGGUAGUAUAUU